AUGGCGAACUCGCAGAGUUUAGACCGCGCUAUAGAGAUUGUGCAACGAGCCAUUGACGAAGAUGUUAAGCAGAACUACCCUGAGGCGUACAAGCUCUACCAGAACUCGCUGGACUACUUCAUGCUCGCGCUAAAGUAUGAGAAGAACGAGAAAUCAAAGCAACUCAUCAAGACAAAGAUACACGAGUACCUUGGCCGCGCAGAGACUUUGAAGACGCAUCUCAUGUCCUCAGAGGAGAAACGCGGGAAGAGUGCAAUUGGAUUAAAUGGUUCUGGAGGGUCAACUGGACCUGGGGGGAAGAAGAAGGAUGGGGAGGACGACGAUCAAGAUCCUGAAACGAAGAAACUGCGAGCAGGGCUGACCAGCUCCAUUUUAUCCGAGAAACCAAACAUAAAGUGGGACGAUGUCGCAGGCCUUGAAGGCGCAAAAGCCUCUCUCAAAGAAGCUGUCAUUCUGCCGAUCAAAUUUCCUCAUCUCUUUACCGGCAAGCGUACGCCAUGGAAGGGUAUCCUCCUCUACGGGCCCCCGGGGACGGGAAAAUCGUAUUUGGCAAAAGCCGUUGCCACUGAAGCCAAGAGCACGUUCUUCAGCGUUAGUUCCUCUGACUUGGUCAGCAAGUGGCAAGGAGAUUCAGAAAGAUUGGUGAAGCAACUGUUCGAGUUGGCGCGGGAAUCUAAACCAGCUAUCAUAUUCAUCGACGAAAUUGAUUCACUGGCUGGAACCCGUAAUGAGUCGGAAUCAGAAGGUUCACGGAGGAUAAAGACUGAAUUCCUGGUGCAGAUGAACGGAGUGGGCCAUGACGAUACCGGCGUGCUCGUACUUGGCGCGACAAACAUUCCAUGGCAGCUAGACAAUGCCAUCAAGCGUCGUUUUGAGAAGCGCAUAUAUAUACCACUGCCUGGCCCCGAAGCGCGACGACGCAUGUUUGAGAUCCACAUCGGAGACACCCCUUGCCAGCUCAGUCCAAAGGACUAUCGUCAGCUAGCAGAUUUCACGGAGGGCUACUCUGGAUCCGAUAUAUCCAUUGUCGUGCGCGACGCCCUGAUGCAACCCGUUCGCAAAGUCAUCUCCGCAACUCAUUUUAGACGAGUGACUGACCCUGAAAGCAAAGUCACCAAGUGGACGCCAUGCUCACCUGGACACGCAGAUGCUGUGGAGAAGACUUGGUCGGAUAUUGAAUCAAACGAAUUGUUGGAGCCUGUUCUUACGGUAGCAGAUUUCAUGAAGUCGUUAGAAAGCACAAGACCGACUGUGACGGAGGCAGAUAUCAAGAAGCACGACGAAUGGACUAAGGAAUCUGGAAACGAUGGAGCAUAG